AUGGCGUCGAAUUCCAACCGCUUCUCAACCUACACGACCGCCUCUGGCGGCUCCGAGGGCAAGAAUGGCGAGCCAAAGAGGGACAUGUGGAGCUCCAUGCUCGACUCCGUUGCCAGCGGGAAGCGACUGCCCGAGAGGAACCUCCUCGUCAUGGGCGGGACCGUCGAGUCGCAACGAGAAUUCAUAGAGUCCCUCUCCAACAACGAGCAGCGGCGGAACUACGACCGCCAGAACAAGAUACCACCCGUGGCCAACCAAUUUGCGCUCGGCUAUACAUACUAUGACCUCCUCGAUGCAGACCAUGAAGAUAUACUGGCCCGCAUCUCUACGUACCUCCUAACAAGCCCCUCGCCUUCCUUCGCCGAGCUCAUCAAACCUCUCCUCACGCCACAGUCCAUACCAAACACCCUCCUGGUCGUCCUGCUAGACUGGUCGGAACCAUGGUCGUGGGUACGACAGCUCAGGGAAUGGAUGCUGCUUCUACGAACUGUCCUGCUCGCACUGCCGGACGAGAGCAAGAUAGCCAUGGAGGAGGGGAUGAGCCUCUGGAAAGAGAGGGGCCGCGGCGGCUCUCUGAACUUGGACGGCACAACGGCAACGGCAGCCAGCGAGGGCGAUGUGUCAUUACCACUCGGUCCAGGCGAGUGGGAGGAGCCCCUGGGCUUACCACUCUGUGUCGUAUGCCAGAACUCUGAGAAGAUGGAGUUCUUGGAGAAGACACAGAGCUGGAAGGAGGAAGAAUUUGACGUUGUCCUCCAAUUCAUGCGAACGAUACUACUGAGACACGGUGCAUCACUGAUUUACACUACACCUUCUGUGCCCUCCCAACUGCCAACACUCGUCCACUCCAGUCUUGGCAUACAUUCGCUUCUGAAGAAGCAGCCCCUAAAGCCCAACGUUAUCGACAGAGACAAGGUCGCCGUGCCUCCGAACUGGGACUCUUGGGGCAAGAUCAGAGUCUUGCGCGAGGGUUUCGAUGUGGAGGCUGUGAGCGAGGGUUGGUCUAUUGAUCUCGAGACCAAGUUCCCACCCCCUGGCAGGAAGCAAGCUAUUGAGAAUGGGACCGCGAAUGAUGACGAGUACGACAUUGACGGCUAUGAGAUCACACCUGGUUCGGCAGUGACAACGUUUGAGGAAUCGAUUAGGAAUCCAAGUCUCGAUGCUCUGCAGAUGGCUGGACGAGACACGCAGUCCACGAAACUGGAAGUAGAGACGAUGGACACACAGGCCUUCCUCGGAUCCCAGAUACAGAGGUUGGAAACUUUCAAGCAGAAGAUGGAGGAGGAGGGCCAAACCAACGACACGAGGAAUGCCAAGAAGCCCGUCAAGGGCUUGGAUGAAGACGGUCGCCAGGUCAAUGUCAGCGACCACAUUGGUCCGGUGCAAUUCAACGUCGGUGGCAUCCAGGUCGAUGCCGACGACAUGAUGAAGCGCCUACAGGACCGUCAAGCGUAUGGCUCGUCACCUGAGCCUGAGAGCCCAGUUGAUGAUAACGCACAAGCAGAGCAGCCCAUCGACACCGAAAAGAUGCAGAAUUUCUUCACCAACCUCAUGAAUAGGAACACAUCGGCGAGAACCGGAUCUUAG